AUGGACUCUUCGCAAUUCAGAGAGGCGGCCAACUCCGCUAUCGACGAAAUCGUCCAAUAUUACGACACGCUCGCCACCCGCCCAGUGCUUCCUUCAGUAACCCCAGGAUAUCUCAAACCUCUCCUCCCCCAAGGACCCCCCGAGGAAGGCGAACAAUGGCCACAAAUCCAAGCCGAUAUCGAAAAGGUGAUUCAACCGGGCCUGACGCACUGGCAGCACCCUAAGUAUAUGGCUUUCUUCCCGGCCAACGCAUCCUAUCCAGGCAUUCUUGGCGAAAUGUACUCUAGCACCUUCACCGCUGCUGCCUUCAACUGGAUUUGUUCGCCUGCCAUCACCGAGCUCGAGACUGUUGUUCUGGACUGGGUUGCAAAGAUGCUGGCGCUCCCGGACUGCUUCUUGAGCGACAGCCCCGGAGGCGGUGGAGGUAUCAUCCAAGGGACGGCGAGUGAAGUCAUUGUAACUGCCGUAGUCGCAGCUCGCGAGCGCAUAGUUCGCAAAAACCUCCUCGCCGAAGGCUUCACCUCCCCAGACGCUGAAGAGGCCCUGGACCGUGCCGCCGACAUACGUGGGAAGCUCGUUGCCCUAGGCAGCGAACACGCCCACUCGUCCACCCAAAAGGCCGCCAUCAUCGCCGGAACCCGCUACCGCAGCGUCUCCGCGCCCAGAAACGCAAACUUCAGCGUCACGGCUUCCUCCCUUCGCUCUACCAUAGAAGCUUGCAAGGCAAAAGGACUAACUCCUUUCUACUUUACCGCAACCCUCGGCAGCACCAAUACUUGCGCGGUGGACGACCUCGAGGGCAUCGCAGCUGUCGCACGCGACUACCCCGAUAUCUGGGUUCAUGUCGAUGCCGCAUACGCUGGCUCCGCACUCAUCUGUCCAGAGUACCAGCACCUUACGGGCCCCAUGUCCUCCUUCUCCUCGUUCAACCUCAACCUGCACAAGUGGAUGCUCGUCAACUUCGACUGCUCUGCUUUCUACGUCAAGUCUAGAAAGGACUUGACCGAUACUUUCACAUUGACUCCUGCGUACCUGCGCAACUCGUACACUGAUUCGGGUCUCGUCACCGACUACCGCGAUUGGCAGAUUCCCCUUGGUCGCCGGUUUCGCAGUUUGAAGCUAUGGUUUGUGCUGCGCACGUAUGGUGUCAAGGGCCUACAGCAAUUCAUUCGCAAGGGCAUCAAGCUGGGCGAAUUCUUCAAUGGCCUCGUGGAUUCUAGACCAGAUCUCUUCACGGUCGUGACGCCUGCUGCAUUCGCGUUGACUACGUUCCAGGUCUCGCCCGGAAACGGAGAGCCAAAUGCAAAUUCAGAUACAGACGAGGCCAACCGGCUCACGAAGGCGGUUUUCGAGAAGGUAGACCAGCAGAGAGAGUUCUUCAUCACAAGUUCGGUUGUCGGUGGUAUCUACGUGAUUCGCAUAGUCAGCGCUAAUGAACGUGCGGAGGAGAAGUAUGUGCAAGAGGUCUUUGAGACGUUGGUCAAGGCUGCGGAAAAAGUCAAGAGGGGAGUUUGA